UUAAUAACUUUUCCAACCAAAACUUCUCGUUGCGAACGAAAAAAAAAUUAUUUACUUUGUUUUGUAAAAUAUAAUGGCCGGUGAACCCUCUGACCACACUGUGGUGAUAAAAUGGAGUGGUCAAGAGUACAAAUUAAGCGUUGAUAAAGAUGGCAUGGUGGCAGAUCUUAAGAAAACAAUACAAGAUGCAACCGGUGUACUCCCAGAAAGACAGAAACUACUCGGGUUAAAAUUCAAAGGGAAACCUCCAGCGGAUGAUGUCCACUUAACGGAUUUGAAGUUAAAACCUACCACCAAAAUCAUGAUGAUGGGAAGCAGAGAGGAAGAGCUGGAUAAAGUGAAGGAAGCUCCAAAGGACCUGCCAGAAGUGGUGAAUGAUUUUGACAUAGAAGAGGAAGAGAUAGCUAUAGAAAACAGAGAAGAGUACCUUUCCAAAAUAGACAGGCGCAUCAAAGACUAUAAAAUCACUGUACUAAAUGAACCAAGGCAAGGGAAGAAACUCUUGGUAUUGGACAUUGAUUACACUUUGUUUGACCACAGAUCAGUGGCUGAAACAGCUAAUGAAUUAAUGAGGCCAUACUUACAUGAAUUUCUGCAGUCGGCUUAUGAGGACUAUGACAUAGUUAUAUGGUCUGCUACAGGGAUGAAAUGGGUGGAGGUAAAAAUGAAGGAACUAGGGGUAACUUCAAACCCCAACUACAAGAUAUGCUUCAUGCUGGAUAGUCUUGCCAUGAUCAGUGUCCAUACACCAAAAUAUGGAGUCAUUGAGGUGAAGGCACUUGGAGUGAUUUGGGGCAAAUAUGAACAAUGGAGUGCCAAAAAUACAAUUAUGUUUGAUGAUAUUCGAAGAAACUUUAUCAUGAAUCCCCAAACAGGGCUAAGGAUAAGAGCUUUCAGAGAAGCUCAUUUUAACAGAGAUAAAGACAGAGAACUCUUAAAGCUUUCCAAAUACCUUAAAGAUAUAUCAGCUCUGGAUGAUUUCACUGUUCUAAAUCAUCGCCACUGGGAAAGGUACAGACCCAAAAGAAAACAUGAAAAUACAGAAUCAGUUGAAGAGAAAUCUGAUGAAAAAGCGAAUGACACAUGAAUGGCAAUAAAUCACAACAGUCCAUGUGAUCAAAAAUUCUCUGAAAGAGAGGAGAGAAAUGAAAAUCAUUCCGGAGAACUUUAUAACGUUGUGGUUAAAAUGUCCACUUUUGUCCACAAUGGUUAUCAGAGGUUGGACAAGCACUGCAUUUGCACUCUGAUGUUGACAAACUGCUCAGCACGUUCCAUCCAUAACUGGUGUUUUAUUUUGUUACUACUGAGAAGUCUUUGGAACAUUUUUGGAUUUUUAUUGAAAGAGAUUUUGUUGAGUUUCAAAAAUGUAUUGACAUCAGGUGUAUUAUUUUAUCAGUAUAUUGUUUAUUCCCAGAAUUUUUGCAUUGUGUUGGUAACUUCUUUUCCUAUAUGAAAAAAAAUUGAUAUCCAGCCACAUGGGGUUUAAUAAUCCCGUAGAAAGUGGAAUUGAGAUAUGAAAAGUAACAUUAACUGUUAGUUAUGAAAAAAAUAAAGUGAUUUGAAA